CUGGCCCUGGGCAUCGCAUUAUCUUCUGCACGGUGCACCCGCUGUUGUGCUGUUUGCAAAGAGCGCCUGCACCUCCUCAAUUCUUCGUGGCUUAUAUGCAGCAAUGGCGACACCUUCCGAGAAGAAGGACGACCCUUUGAACGACUCAUUUCAUCUCGGCGCUGAUCCACCUGCCGAUACUUCUGCGCCGACUAAACCCUCUCCCCCACUGAGCGCUUCAGGCGGUGCCGCUUCGCCACAGCCCCGAAAUGUUGCGUUCCACCAUUACCAAAAUGUGGAGAGCCCCUCCCCUCCUCCUCGUUGCCCGUCUCCUGUCAAGACCAGCAUCUCGAUCGGUCACAUGGGCCCCCCUGCGCCUCGUCCGGGGAGGACAGGCUCCAGCUCCAUGCCGCCACCCCCUCCUCGGCAGCCCAGUCAAGACGCCGGAGCAAGAAAGAGGGCCCGCGAAGGGUCUCCCCCACUGCCCGGGCAAGGCUCUCCCAUUCCUAGUUAUCGCAGGUCCAUAUCCCCCCCGCCCCGGCCCGGGCAUGCCUCCCCCCACGGCUCUCCGCUGAGCAUCCGCAGGUCAUCUUCGCCCCCUCUUCCCCAAGCAGGCUCCCCGCUGCGCCGGCCGCGGUCAUCUUCCCCCCCGUAUGAAAACAUCAUCAUCAUUCCGCAGAGACAGAGCUCACCUAUCAAAAUUCCCAGAAGGUCGGCCUCUCCCCCCCUCCCUGGCCAGGGCCAGGGCGCCUCUGCAUUCAAGCGCCCCCGCUCCUCAUCUCCCUCUGAUGCUGGCUUCUGGCAUUCCGGGCCCUUCCCUGGUCGGCCCCUCGCGAGCGCCCCGCUGCGCAACCGUGAUGUGGAGAGCAGCGCAUCGCAGCGCGAGUACGGGGCCCAGAGGAGCGGCUCUUCGUCCAGCGAGGACGACCGCGGCAAAAGGCUGCCCCCCCGCGACGACGCGGAUGCGACUUCGGGCGUGCAGCCAGGAGUACGGGGCGCCAGCAGCAGCAGCAGCGAUGAGAACGCGGGGUCGCGCAGCUCGGGCGGCGAGGUGGCGGACAGCAGCUCCAGUGACAAGAAGCGCCACGAGGGAUCGAGGGCGUCGAGCUCUGCCCACCGGGGGCGCCCAGAAGCGGGCCCCAACCGAGUUGGCGCUAUGCUGCCCCCGCCCCCCCGCCAGCCCAAGCGGCUGUCUCUGCCCCCCGUCAGUGUAGUGGAGGGGGCGCCGGGCCGUGCGGAGGCGAGCCUGUCUGGGGAGUCCCGUGUGGCGCACAACUCGUCGGACCUGGCGCUGGCGGCUGCCGCGUCUUCGUCAACAGGGCACACAAACGAGCAAGCGCAGGACCGCCUCUCGACAGCGCGCCCGUCGCGCAGUGGCCAAGACGAGGCCCCCGAGGAGUCCAGCCUGGCCAAGCAGGCCAGCGACGCCAGCAGCAUCAUCGGAGCGGCGCAGGCCCCCGCCGUGAGCGACGCCAGCAGCGUGGGCCGCUUCCGCACCCCCAGCCCCGGCCCCGUGAGCAGCGCAAUGACCGCGGUGAACAGCCGCGGGGAGGCACUCGCGGCGGGGCAGAGCACGGGCAGCGCGAUGCGCCAGGACGGGGACCGAGUGAGCAGCAGCAAGGCGCACGGGUUCAAGGAGCCGCCUGCGGUGGUGCGCAGUGCGACCAGUGGGGUGAGGGGCACGGGGCCAGGCAGCCGCAACGUGCUGAACAGAGCGCCGGGGGAUGGUGAGGGCGCCCGGCCGAUACAAAGUGCGGAGAGCGGUGUUCUGUCUGGAUCUCAGCAGCAGGGGGAGCGGACGCGGGACGGCGGCGAGGUGCUGGAAAGGGUGGCCAGCAACGUGGUCGGGGAGCUGCGGGGUGCCGCGGCAGAAAGUGCGGGGGAGCCAGGAGGGGCGGCCUCGCUGUCGCCGCGGCCUGCUCAUCCCGUUGUGCGGCAGCACUCCAGUAACAAGGCCAGCCUGAUGGGCCCCCCGCGAAGCCGGCCGGACAUGCCCCCCCCGGGUGGGUCGAGACCGAGCGGGGUCCCUCGGCCAGGAGGGGGGUUCAAGGUGCCACAGCAGCGGCCCCCCUCCGCCGCAAGAGCUCCGGCACCAGGGGCACAGCGGCCACAGGCAGAGGCAGCGACAAUGCGGGCGGGGGAAGGAGGGGGCGAGGUCGCUGAGCCUGCUCUCAAGGAGGGUGAGCAACAAGGAGGAGCGGGGGUGCCGGUGGCCACAGCAAGCGGGGCGGACGCUCGGGCUUUCGAAGAGGACUCUGUGCACGAGAUUGCGGCAGUGCUGGUGGGGCAGGAGAUGGAGGACCGCCAGGCGCCCAACCAGGACGAGCCCGGAGGCACCCCAUUUGCCAAUGCCGCUUGCGCCGCCGCCGCAUCUCCCGUGGCCUCGAACGUGGCACCGGAGACAGGCCCCGACACUGCAGCCCAGAAGACGCUCGAGCCGGCGCUGCGGGCCUUGUUCCCGGCGGCCAUGUACAAAGAGCCGGCCGUGCCCGCGUCAAAGGCUGACGCCCCUCGCGUCAGCAAGGCCCCCAGCGGGCAGCCCCCGUAUGAGAUCCCGGCAUGGAGCGCCCCCCCGGGGCAGCCGUAUGCGCUGGAAGUGGUCAAGGAGGGCGCGGUGCUUGCGCAGCUGGACGUGUCGCGCAAGGGCGCCUACAUGUUUGGGCGCAGCGAGCGCGCCGACUUCCCGCUGGAGCACGCCACCGUGUCGCGCUACCACGCGGUGCUGCAGUUCAAGGAGGGGGGGGAGGCCGCGCUGUUCGACCUGGGCAGCACGCACGGGACCUUCGUCAAUAAGAAGCAGGUGAAGGCGCGUGUGUACGUUCCCGUGCAUGUGGGCGACGUGCUCAAGUUCGGGCAGUCCAGCCGGCUUUACGUCUUCCAGGGCCCCGCCGAGCUGAUGCCCGAGGAGGGCCUCUCACGCGCAGAGAAGCAACAGCUCAAGCGCCUCGAGGCUGCCCAGGAGGCCAAGAUGGCGGAGGAGUCGCUGGUGCGCGCUCGCGCCGCCAAGCUGGGCGAGGUGACGUGGGGGCAGGCAGACGACGCAGAGGACGAGGAAGAGCAGGAGGACGUGGAGGGCAUCACGUGGGAGACGCACACAGGCCCGCUGACGAGCAACCAGGAGAAGUCGCGCGACAAGGUGGUCAAGCGGCGCGACAAGAUUGCCAACCUGCGCAAGGAAAUGGACGUCAUCCAGAGCAAGGAGAUUGCGCAGGGGGGCCUCACUCCGGGCCAGCAGGCACAGAUUGCGCGAAACGAGGCACGGCUGGAGGAGCUGACCGAGGAGCUGGAGGCGAUGGAGGAGACGCUGAACGAGAGCAUCCGCGAGAGCCUGGGGGCCAGGCCUGCGCGCGCAGCAGCCGGCAAGAAGCGGGGGCGGCCCGGGAGUGACGACGAGGACGGGGACAGUGAUGAGGACGAGUUUUACAACCGGGCCGGAGCCCAAAAGAAGAAGGCGGCACGGGGCCCGGCCCCAGUAGAGGCUGCUGCGGUUGUGGAGACGGCGGAGACGCUGCUGGAGAAGCGGGACGUGCUGGCGGGGGAGCGGGAUACUCUGGAGGACGAGAUCCGGCAGGAGGAGGAGCGCAAGGCUGCGCUGCCGGGCGGGAAGGGGGCGCACGACGAGGACGAUGCGCUGGACGCCUUCAUGAGCGACGUGUCCACGCAGAUUGAGCGCGAUCGGCUGGCACAAUUGCGGCGCGAGCUAGAGCUUCUGGAUGCAGAGGCGGCGCGCAUCGCCCGGCUGCUGCAUCUAGCGGACCCCACCGGGGAGGCCGCCGUGCGAUGGGUGCCCAAGAAAGGGGCCCCGGGGGGCGUCCCUCGGAGGACCUUCAAAGAGCCAGUGAAAGUAGAGGUUGCGGCAGCACCGGAGGAGGAGAGCAGCGCCAAGAAAGAGGAGCCGAAGCCCCGGGCCUUGCUACAGGCUCCGAAGGUGGCGCUUGGGGGCGGGGGAGUCAAGGGGGCGGGUAGCACGGGGGGCAAGGGGGCGACCGUGCGGCCGCGAGAGGGGGAGCAUCGGAUAGUGAAGGACGAGGAAGCGAGUAGGGGAGAGCGUCAGCCAACGGACAGGGGAAUGGCAGCGGGCGCGGCGGGGCCAGCCGAUCAGGGAGAGCCCGAGAGCACGGCCAACGGCGGGCUUGUAGGAGAAGAGGGCGCACGAGGCGGGGCAUCGGAGACUGGGGGAAGUAUAGCGCCGGAGGCCACAACGGAGGGCGGAAGCAAGGGGGCGAGGGGAGGAGCGGAGAGGUCCGGGGAAGGGGAUUCACGAGGAAAGCAAAGACGGGAGGCGGGGCCGGCGGCAGUGGCGGGUGGAGGGACGGCAGAGACUCCUCUGAACGAAGGCGCUCAAGUGGGCGGUCAGGGCAAGGGACGGACCGGGAAGGGGGCGGGGGCAGCGGGGCAGAAGCGGAUAAGUGAUGUGGAGACAGCGCAGGGGGAUGAGGAGCAGGCAGAGCAGCCCGUGUGGGAACCCCCCCAAGGGCAAACUGGCGACGGACGAACUGCGCUGAAUGACAAGCUGGGGUACUGAUGCCCGACCAGGAGAACGACACUGGGAAGAAAUUGGGGAGGGUGAUGUGGGCGGCAGUUUAAGUGUCGUGCCGGCAUGCGGGGCGGCCUUGCCGCAUGAAGGUGGGAGCCCACGGGAAUGAGAUUGUUAACGCUGUAAUGCUACACGAUUUGAAAUCGAUAUAACAGACCGUGCUCGUAUGAUCACUUACUGUACAGCUUAGAUUUGUGUGGCUGCUCUGCUCCUUAUUUCUAAGUCCUAUUGUGCAACUGCUUUGCUCCUUGUUGCAAGUCCUAUCGUGCGGCUUGCAGCCGUCACGAGCUGCACCGGUGGUCGAGCUCUUUUAUUUUGCCG